CUUCGUGGACCAAUUAAUGAAUCAAAUGAAUUAAUUCGUCGAACGAAAAAAUUAAUGUCGUCAUCAACAAGGCCCACUAAACCCCAACAAAUCCUUCAAAACCCAGUGUCACCUCCUUCCUCGGCCUCCUCUUCCUCACGGUCGGCGCUCUCUCCUCCCCAAACCACUUCCACCACUUCCUCCGCCACCAUCCCCGCCAGCCCCACGUCCACCAUGGAGGAGCUCUGGAAGGACAUCAACCCCUCCCCCCUCCAACAUCCCCACACCCACCACCCCGGCCAACACAACCACCCCUCCGCCGCCGGUCGAGAGGGCAUGAUAUUCCAGGACUUCCUCGGUCCCCCUCCCCCCACCGCCAUGCUCGGCCACCCUGCCAGCCAUUACGGCCUGGGGUCCUCCCUCUCAUCCUCUCCUGGAGUGAAUCCUGCGCCGGUCACCGUUCUGAGGCUGAACUCUGGCCCGGAGUUCCACUUCCUCGACAGCUCCAGCCCUCUCCGGUCGUCCAGCGGCUCCUCCCACUUUCAGAACGGCCUAGCCAACGUCUCCUCCGGCUCCUUCAACUGCUGCCCCUUCGACGGCCUGGCGAACUCCCCCCCGGUCUUACCCUGCUUCGGGUCGAAGAAGCGGGGCACGGAUUCCGACUCGGGGUCGGGCGAUCGGUUGCACAAGAGGAUGAUCAAGAACCGGGAGUCCGCCGCCCGUUCCCGAGCCCGAAAGCAGGCAUACACGAAUGAGUUGGAGCUGGAAGUGGCACACUUGAUGGAAGAGAACGCUAAGCUCAAGAAGCAGCAGGAACAGUUAUGUAUGGCAGCAGCUUCUCAACUUCCCAAGAAGCACACACUCCAUAGGUCGUCAACCGCACCAUUUUGAGGAAACUUUGGGCCUAUGUGGUCUGGCUGAUGGCGAUGGUGAUCAAAAUGUUCUAUGUUUUUAAGGGGAAAUGGCACGAGUGUGUAUGGAAAAAGGUUUCUUGUGUUUUUGGCAAAUUCCUUAGAGACAGGAGAUGCAAUAUUCCCAGCCCCCGAGAGAGGAAAUUGAAGGAAGAGAGAGAUGAAAGUGGAGGGUGCUCUUAGUUGGUUGGUGGGUUUCUCUUCUUCUGUUCUCUUGUUGCUUUGUGUUGUAUUUCUCAGAAUUUCUCAGCACUUCUCUCUCUCUCUCUCUCUCUCUCUCUCUUAGCUAUACUAUUUUUGUUCUUUUCCCCAUUGUCGUUCCUUUUGUUUCUGGUUACGAAACUUAGUAGGGGCUGUUCAAGGA